AUGGCCCGCAGCCGCGCGGCCGCGGCCGCGGCGCUGUGCUGCCUGCUGCUGUGCCUGGUCUGCGCCGAGGCGCAGACGCAGGGGGACGCUCUCGCCAAGCUGCAGUCGGCCCUCAACCCCAUCGGCUGGUCCAAGAUCGACCCCGGCACCGACGCCUGCCAGAACCCUGGGGCCGUCAGCCCCGGCGUGCUGUGCGAGGGCAGCACCAUCACUGAGCUGUGA